AGUGGAACAUCGUGUGAAUUUUAUGCUAUCAACAAUUGUUUUGAUUCGGUAACGAUUUACGCAAAGUUCAGAUUUCCAUUCAUGGCUGCAAUAGCGUUUGUGCGCCGUUCUAUUGUAAAUUCUCACAAAUUUGCAGCUACACGAAGCAUCCAAAUGUCCGCUGCCCGUCAACGAUCGGAGAAGGUGCUGGAGGAGAUGAAGGAGAAAAAUCCGUACUUUGAAAAGUAUGCGAACAAAAUAGCGGCCGUGCAGCAAAGCUCGCCGGAAGAAUUUCUGUCCCGGCUCGACAGCGUUGAGAAAGAGAAGCAAAAGCCGAAAUUUGGCCCUUCCAAGGUAGAGCGCGACUAUUCGGAGCUUCUCAAACCGAAAGCUCCGCUAGGAACGGAAGCGACGAGAGAUGGGUCGCAUCGCAAGCUCAGCGAUAUUAUGCGCCUGGAGCUGGUCGAAGACAAAUCUGCCGAUGAUAUCAAGCACCUUUGGUUGGAGUAUCACAAAGACAAGGAUGUCAUAACGGCGGCAAUUCCGGUGAAUCAGUACAACCUGAUGAUGGCUCGCGCUAAGCUAUACCCCGUGUUUAUCCUUCCGAUACCCCGGAGCCAAGGGUACGAGUUUAUAAUGCUUCAAUUCGCGGCGAAUACGGUGCAUUUCACCCCGCUGCUGAACUACCAGGUUCACAAAGAAAAUGCGCCGGAAUGCUUAAACAUUACCAUGUUCACCGAAUGUUCGGACAAAGGCAUUGUGCUCAUGCGAGGGGAAUAUGAUACGAAAGUGCUGAACGCGCAGGAAGCACAGUGCUUGGCCAAUCAAGUACAGCUAUACUAUAGUCAGAACAAUGAGUCGAAACUACAACUGCUGGACACGUUUACCCAGAACCCAGACAAGUUUAAGCACAUGGAUAUCAUUGACGAGCUAAAUAAUUUGAAAAUUUAAGUCAUCCACCAAUAAAGGAGGUUCUUUAGUGUGCAAUGUUGCUUCAAAACAACGCUU